GCAGUAGGCUAUGGCAGGGCAUUCAGUUCGAAAACUAUCUAGAUGAGUGCCUAAUUCUAAGCUAUUAUGGAUUUAUGUCUUAAGGGCUCGCAGAUAAACCUCGCCACACGCCAAAAAACAAAGCCCAAGCACACAAGUCGUUCGCUGACGACUCUCCACAGUCCGUGUCCCCAUUUCCGGCCUCGCUCGGCCAACUUCCUGCAGCAGCGCAGUCGCUCCUCGCCUUUCCUGGGACGACCACAGUCGGCGGACCCCAAGCUCGGUCGUCGGUUGAGCACCUACUUUGGUGAGAAGGAGCUGCGCAUCGGCGGAAAGCGACAAGUCUCCUCGAACGACCUGCUGAAAUCGCUGCUGGAGGAGCCCAUCAAGCGCAGCUGGCUCUGCCGCAGCACCUGCAACUCCUCCGAGUCCGACUACUCGCUCCACAAACGCACCCCCGACAGCAGCGAGGAGGGGGAGCAGUUCCUGGUCACCAUGUCAGGUGGUGAGAAGGGUAAAUCGUACUCCUCCUACUCCGGAACUCAGGGCCUCAGUAACGGGGCUCUUCUACAGCGCACCGCCAAGCCAGAUCUUCCGGGAAGGGUGUCCUUCAGCAAGCCGAAUAUGCACGCGGACUUGGACUCCAGUGACUGCGAUAAUGACAAGCAGGAGGUGCGUCCCAGUAUUUCAGCCCCGGGGCCUCUAACUCUGCCCAGUUUCCUGAGUAAGGUGGAACAGGCUGAUCCCGUUGGUCAGAAGAAGUCCGUGCACUUCGGAUCCACUGCCGCCGAGGGAGAAGUUCUGGCGGAGACCUACGAGUACCCAAAGUGUCCUUCGGAGAACUGUACGUGCAGCACGCGAUCCUCUUCCACCACAAGCACCAAUGAGGCAUCGGCAUCGGAGGUUAAGUGUGCCUGCGAUGCGCCUAGCUGCCGGUAUGUGGAGUCCUCCAAACUGGUGGGGCAACCCAACCCCACUCCCACUCUCCCAAAGGCCCCCUCAUCGGAGCUAGAUGUAAUAAGGGAGUACAAACAGGCUGUGGAGGGCGUUCAGGUGGUCAAGAACCACUUGGGAACUGACAACUAUCUGGACAAGUACGCUUCUCCCACUAAGGAGAAGCAGAACAAUCUGUCCGAGACCAAGAACAUGGCCACCUCCCCUUCCUCUGUCAACAACGGUGCCACCUCCUACAGAACAGGGGCAAACCCAAGAAACUUCGGGGCUGAGAAUAAUUUUUUGCCAGCGGUGCAGGAUGAUAGGAGGUCCUUUGGGCACGGCAGCUCCGACGCCGUCAUUAAUAACUACCUGAAGGUGGCCUCGACACCCCCUUUUGUGGGUAAGAAAAAGGAGAACGUAAAGCCCGCCAGUGCAGAUCCCAUUGCCAGGUCCACCAAAUCCAAGGUGACCAAGUCCACAACCAAUCCAGCUCCUUUGGGUAAGCUGAAGAAGGCCAUCAGUGUGGGCAGCCUGCGGGAGGAGCGGAAACUCUCGGAGUACAAUCUCGACAAGGUGGACAGCUGGAUGAGCAUGCAGGAUCAGAAGCAAUUCGAUAACAAGCACAAGCAGGGACUGGUAGACCUGGACGAGGCACAGGACAAUGAUAGCGCCUCACAAUUGUCCCUGAAGUCGAAUGAGGACUCCAGGGAUUCGACAUAUGAUGAAAUAGUGUCUGUCAUCAAGGAAAUCGAAGAGGACAAGAAAAGGGACAACUUUUCCGAGCGAAUCCCCAGCGAACUGAACCUGAAACUAGAUUCCCGCUGCGACACUGCCGACACAGGUACGGUGAGUGAAGGAGCAGUUCCCGAGAGUGGAGAUAAGUACAAGGACAUCCUGGCCUACCUGAACAAUGUGGAGAGUAGUUGCGACAAGACGCUGAUGGAAACCCGUCGUUCCAUACCGGAUAGCAAUCGAUCGGAGGUGGAGUUCGUCGUGGAGCCUGAUGUCACCGACGAGGUGCCCAAGCUAUCUGAGUUGCUGAUGCUGCCCAACCACCAGCUUGCCAGGAGGGUCAUUGCCCUGAGCUUGCGGGCCAAUGAGUUGGCCAAUGCUAUCCACAUGUCCAAGGAGCACGUCUUCCAGUUGCGUGGCGAAAAGCAGAAGAGCCUGCGCGCCGAAAAGUCCACCGCCGCCGCCAAACUGCGUGAUCAGAAGAAGCACUAUGAGGAAGUGGUUACCCGGCACCAAGCAUUCAUCGAGCAGCUGCUCAAGGACAAGGGCUCCCUCUGCGAAAAGGUGGCGGCCCUCACGCGUCGCCUGGAGAGCCAGAACCAGGCCUGGGAGCACCGGUUGGAAACUGAGCUGGCCAGGACCAAGGAGACCACUAUGGCGGGCGAAAAGAUCCGGCGAGAGCGAUGGGUGCGCGAGAACACCAAGAAGAUUAAGGAACUUACGGUUAAAGGCCUGGAGGCGGAGAUCAACAAGAUGAACUGCGACCACCAACGUGAGGUGACCGAGCUGAAGCGCACCCACCAGAUGCAGUUGCUAGACGCCUUGGAGGAGGCACGAACGAAACACGAGCAGAUCGAGACCAGCAUCCGUGAGAGCUGCGCCCAGGAUCGAGAGGCCAUUAUCGAGAAGGAGCGAACUGCCAUCCGGGAGCGGUCCGAGCGCCAGCUGGAGGAGGAGCAGAGGACGCAGGCGGAACAGCGCCAGAAGCUGACGGAGGAGUUCGCCGCGGAGCGGGAGCGCCUGCAGACGGAGUUACGGCAGCGGGAGAAUGACCACCAAGCCAGAAGGCAAGAGGCUCUGCGGGAACAGGAGCAGGAGCUGGAGCAGGCCAAGUUCGAAAUGCAGGAACGGAUGGCCAAGCAGGAGGAGAAGUACCAGAACCGCAUCAACACCAUUGAGCAGCAGUACCAAGCGGACUUUGAGCUGUGGAAGUCGGAGCACGAGAACAAGACCAAGUUGGCCCAGGCGGAGAAGGAGAACGCCAUAAGGCAACACUACCGGGCGGAGAGAGAUCGCCAGCUUGACGAACUGGUGGUGCGGAUGGAGGCCGACGCACUGCAGCACAGUGAGGAGCACGAGCUAAAGAUGAAUCGCCUCAAGGAGAAGUACGAGAAGGAUUUGGUUCUGGCCGAAAGCGUGGAGAAGUCGCUGCGGGAGAAGUACGCGGAGACCCGCGGCAAAUUGGCGGAGGCGGAUGCCCAGGUGCGGAACAGCCAGGCGGAGGUGAAGCAGCUGCAGCUGGAGCUGAGCCACAGCAAGAAGAUGUGCGGCGACACCCUCAUGGAGCGGGACAGACUGCGGGAUAACCUCAACGCGGACAUUCAGAGCGAGUUGGGAGUGCUAAACGAACGCCACAAGCAGGAGAUGGAGCAGCUUCAAAAACGCGUUCACCAGACCAUCCAGCGACAGGAGGAGACCAUUGAGAUCCUGAAAGGCGACAACGAUGCCCUCAGACAGCAGUGCUUGAAGCUUAACGCUGUCAUACGACAGCAGCGCAAGGAUUACUGUGUUAAAUAGACCGUUAAUCGAAAUAGGUUUAUGGAACCUCCAAGCAAAAUAAUAUUAGGGAAACUUAAUAAAUGAGUGACA